UUCCCGUUCAUCUUCUUCCUACCGAGCUCGGCUUUUGCACUCUCGAUCGAAAAAUGGGGGCCGCUACACAACCCUCGCUCCUCUGCUGGAAAUGGCCGUGGGAUCCCAACCCUAACCCUAACCCUAGCCCCAACCCCAACCCCUGCGGGAGCCCGGAGCUCCCCUGGCUCUUCCGCUCCCUCCACACCCUCUCCACCCUCGCCCAAUCCCUCCUCAUCUCCGACGCCGCCCCCGAUCCUCCUCCGCGGCGGCGCCCUACGGCGGCGGCGGCGGCGGCGGCGGGGAGGGGGCGGGGGCGAUCGCGGGAGGAGCAGGGGGAGGCGGAGCACCGGGCCCUCGCGGCGGCGCUGGCGAGCGGGAAGGAGGCGACGGUGGUGGAGUUCUACUCCCCCAAGUGCCGCCUCUGUGCCUCCCUCCUCGACCUCGUGCUCGGCGUCGAGUCCCGGAACUCCGACUGGGUCUCUUUCGUCCUCGCCGACGCCGAGAACGAGAUGUGGCUCCCCGAGCUUCUCCAUUACGACAUCAAAUACGUUCCUUGCUUUGUGCUAUUGGACAAGCGCGGAAGGGCUUUGGCGAAAACAGGAGUUCCGACCAGCCGUUUGCAUGUCAUCGCGGGCCUUUCUCAUCUCCUCAAUCUCCGGCGGCCCCCAUCACAUAAAGUAAAGAGCUCUUCCUCAUGACCUCUUCCUCUUUAGCGCAUCGGAAUGUUGCAAAUACUUCUCUCGCUUUGUUAUUCCGCAUUAGAAUGAGCAAUUUGUAUUCUCUUCUGUUCACUCAGAUUUUUCCCAUGUCGCCGAUCAAACCAUAAGAAAAUAUAACAUUUUUGCACUUUCUCAAGUGUAUGCGAUAAAUGAUCUUUCGGAGAAAUUGUAAUAGGGAAAUCGAGGGAUAAGCAAAACAAUGAUGAUUCAAUAUAGUGUUUGUAUUACAUGAGAGCUGGGGAUGAGAUGAGAUCAUAGAACUGGUUUUCCUCUUUUGCGCAUAAAUAAUAUGUAUUGUAUCUUUU